AUGACUAUGGUUUACUAUCUACGACAAGUUUUUUCUCUCAGGCAUCCGAGCAUGAGCAGAAUUGAUGAGCCUAUUGGCAUUGAAAAUGGUGAAGGUAAUUUUGUUGUUGAUCCAUAUAUUGGAAUGGAGUUUUCUACUCAUGAGGAAGCUUAUAAUUUCUACAAUGCAUACGCUAGACUUAAGGGAUUUGGUGUUCGCAAGGGUCACACAACUUGGUCUAGAAAGAAAGAUGCAAUCAUAUCUAGAAUAUAUGUAUGUGACAAGGAAGGUUUUAAAUUUUUAAAAGAUAAAAGAGAAGAUGGUCGGAAUGUAGUUCGAAAGUUUGAUACAAGAUGUGGAUGCAAGGCAAGGAUGGUUAUUGGACUCGAUAGAAGCACUAAAAAAUGGGUGGUUGUAGACGUUGCUCAUGGAAAUGAGCAAGGCUCUCUCACUCAACAAGAAUGCCAAGCACAACUUAGAAUAAAACGAAAAAAUAAUGUCGGUCAUGAGUGCGUGAGCAUAGUUCGUCAAUUUCAAGAGAAAAAGGUAUCUGAUCCUCAAUUUUACUUCGCACUUGAUUUAGAAAAUGAUGGGACGAUGAGAAGUGUUUUUUGGAUGGAUGGUAGGUCGAGGACUUCUUACUUGCAAUUUGAAGAUGUUGUUUGCUUUGAUGUUACAUAUAGAACGAACAAUUUAAAAUUGCUGUUUGUACCAUUUACGGGCGUUAACCAUCAUCGACAAUCUAUUCUAUUUGGGUGUGCGUUACUGGCCGAUGAAACGGAGGAGACGUUUAUAUGGUUAUUUAGCCAAUGGUUAAAAUGUAUGUCGGGUGUAGCACCAUUAACAAUCAUCACUGAUCAAGAUAAAGCUAUGUGUGGUGCAAUUCACAAAGUUUUUCCUCAAACUCGUCAUCGCUUUUGUUCUUGGCACCUUCAUAGGAAUGCCUUACAAAAUAUUCAAUCAAUGCAUAAUGAAUAUGGUGAGGACGUGGGUAUAAAGUAUAACAAAUGGUAUUGGAGUAAAUCAGAAGAAAAAUUUGUAAAGCGUUGGGAAGAAAUGCGGGAUAAAUAUGGUGCAGAUAAAAGAAAUUGGUUAGUAAAUUUAUACAAUCAUCGAGACCAUUGGGCUCCAGUGUAUCUUAAAGACACUUUUACUGCAGGAAUGACAUCUACUCAGCGGAGUGAGGGAAUUAAUGCCUUUUUUGAUCAUUUUGUGAAUGCAAAUACCGAGUUACAUGAUUUUGUUAAGCAAUAUGAUAAAUCUGUUGAAGCUCGCCGAGCCGCUGAACUUGAGCAAGAUUUUAAGUCCACAAACUCUGUUCCCAUUGAUAAUUGA